AUGUCAGCUGGUGUGUUGCCAGACUCUCUGGACGCAGCAGUGGGAGGAACAGUGAUGUUCAGCACGACACUGUCACCAACAGAAACACCACUGACUGUUGUGUGGCGCUCCAGCGGUCCCAUAAUAACCUCCACUCCCACCGCCAACAUCACUGCCCCUAAGUAUGACGGCACCAUCACCCUUUUCAGGUCCACUGGAUCUCUGGAGCUGAGGGAUGUCCACGACGAUGACAUUGGAAAAUACAGAGUUACUAUUGUCACCACUGAACGGAAGAGGCUCACUGGGAGCACAGAUCUGAGAGUUCAUGUUCCCAUCACUGGUGCUCAACUGACCCCCAGCUCCGAAGACUUGCUGGAGUUCAACAGUUCUGUCACCUUCUCCUGCUCCGUCUCCUCUGGGUCCUCGCUCUCCUUCCUCUGGCAGAACAUCAGCUCUGAGAUCUCUGCCAGUGAUGGAGUUCGAAUCACUGAUGGAGGAGCCAAACUCACCGUCCUAAAUGUGACUCGCUAUGACCAGGGACCCUUCAGGUGCAGCGUCUUCAAUCCAGUGAGCCGAGGCGUCACUGAUCCACUCACUCUCUCCAUCAGCUAUGGACCUGACGAUGUGGACCUCCAGGUCUCACCAUCACAGGAGCACUUUGAGGAAGGGUCCAACAUCAGACUGAGCUGCUCCUCUUCCUCCAGUCCUCCUGCACGACUCCAGUGGUUUGUGAACGACACCCUGCUGCCCAACACUGGGGCAGAACUGUUGGUCAGUUCCACACAGAAGGGAUAUUACAGCUGCCAGGCCUUCAACAGCAAAACCUUGAGAUACAGAUCAUCUCGCAGGACAGCCACGGUUCUUCUGGUUCCCAUCACUGCUGCUCAACUGACCCCCAGCUCCGAAGACUUGCUGGAGUUCAACAGUUCUGUCACCUUCUCCUGCUCCGUCUCCUCUGGGUCCUCGCUCUCCUUCCUCUGGCAGAACAUCAGCUCUGAGAUCUCUGCCAGUGAUGGAGUUCGAAUCACUGAUGGAGGAGCCAAACUCACCGUCCUAAAUGUGACUCGCUAUGACCAGGGACCCUUCAGGUGCAGCGUCUUCAAUCCAGUGAGCCGAGUCCUCACUGAUCCACUCACUCUCUCCAUCAGCUAUGGACCUGACGAUGUGGAUCUCCAGGUCUCACCAUCACAGGAGCACUUUAAGGAAGGGUCCAACAUCAGACUGAGCUGCUCAUCUUCCUCCAGUCCUCCUGCUCGACUCCAGUGGUUUGUGAACGGCACCCUGCUGCCCAACACCGGAGCAGAACUGGUCCUGACAGCUGCUACUGAGGCUCAGAGUGGAGCUUACAGCUGCCAGGCCUUCAACAGCAAAACUCGGAGAUACAGAACAUCAGCUGCAGCUGUGACUGUGCUGGGUAAGAUCUCUGCUUUCAUCAGACCUUUAAACACCUUCUGA